GAUGUCCAUGGAUAAUGUGCUUAGUAUAAAUAUCUUCGAUAAAAAUGCAUACUCUGAAAAGCCCUCAUUCGAUUUUACACCCGUCGGGUCAGCAAACUUUACUACAGAUGAUCAUGAAUCAUUUGAUCCAGAGAUAAGUAUUGAUAGAGUUCCUCCAAAGGAAUGGGAGGUGGAUGUUAAAGGGUUAGUAUCUACAAGAAAAUGGCUCUCCAAUUAUGGUCUAAAAAGAAAUCGUUUGGAUAUGCAUCACCUUUUACCUUUGAUUGGCUUUCGACAUAGCGACGAUUUUGAUGCUUCCAUGCGCAAGCCCAUAUGUUCAAGAUAUGGUACAAAUCUCUUUCAGAGGUUUUUUAGAAACGAUGGUCGAACAUUUAAUAUCUCAUGUGGAAAAGAGAAAUUGAAUGCAAUAGAAACAAGAUUAUGCCAAGCCAUCAAUUUGUAUAAACGCCGUCUUGAAUGGUUGACAUGUGAAAGUCGUAGAGUAUUUGGUGUAAUACUUGAGAAAUCAAUAUGCAUCGUAUUAGACAUUAAAAAUGCCACCCCACAGCAAUUUGAUCAGUAUCGUUCAGCCAUAGAACGAGUAAUUAGAGAGCAAAUUGUACAUGCAACAAAAUUUAAUAUUAUUCGGGUAGCUGAAGAUAUAGAUGUUUUUAGCAAAGAAUGUCUUCCAGUCACCUCUGAAUGUGUACAAAGAGCCAUUAAAUGGAUUUGGAGUUUAGAUAGAUCGUCUCCUAUUUCUGCUACAGCUACGGCUGAGGCUGUUCAAAGAGCAGUCUCAGAUCAAAAUGCUGAAGCUGUCUAUUUAUUUACGGAAGGGAGCUCUGUUGAAAGUUCAAUGCAUCUUCUAAAAGAAAAGUUGACUGGAGUUCGAAUACCUGUUCAUGUUGUCUCAUACAACUGUACAGAUCGUAUCAUCAUCAAAUAUCUUAGAGAGUUGGUUCGUUUCACAGGCGGAAGAUUUCACGCUUACGGUGUUGUAAUGGAAAUGGAUGCUUAUGACGAAAAAGCAGGUGACUCCCAAGGAAUGCAAUCAAAUGUUAUGCUAAGAAAGAAAACUUAUGGAGGCGUUCCACCAGAAGCCGGUGUUCGAGAAGAUGUUAUGGAGUUGUUUGAAGAACUGGAAGAAGCCAGAAACAAUCUAGCUCAAAUUCAAGGACUCAUUGAGGACUUUCCAUUAACGCAAAGAUCAUCAAAUAGGGAUAAUAAAAAUAGAAAUAAAACGAACUUUCAAUCUACUAGCAUGGGAAAUUCUAAAAAUGAACAAUAUAUGAGUUCUCGUGAAUGGCUUGAGGUUUACGGUCUGAAGGCUAGAAAGUUAAGUUUUUUUGAUGUAUUAUCUGGAGUUGCUUUUAAGCAUCGAGAUGGUGUUGUUGAUGUUAAAGAAGCGCCGAAAACUGAAUUCCAAACUGAUGCGAUUUCUCGUCAGAAACUUAUUAAUGCUAAAUAUUGUAACAAGUUUCCUCAUGUCAGAUGGAAGGACGGACAAAUCGUUCAUGUUCAAGUGACUCCAGAAGUUCAUAGAAACUAUGAGAGUGGAAUGAAAACUGCAUUGGAAUCAAUCCAGCAAAGAAUUGACUGGCUACAACAAGGGAGUAGAGAACUGUUUGGUACAGUGAUAGAAGAUCAAAUUUAUUUUCUAAUUGAUACGUCAGCGUCAAUGGCCCCACAUAUUCAAUUUGUUAAAGACAAAUUAUUUGUUCUUAUGCAAGAGCAAUUGCGACACAAGCAGAAAUUUAAUUUGGUAGGCUUUGAUUCCAAGUGUUCACCUUGGAAAGACAGAAUGGUUGAUGUCAAUGAAAAGAAUCUGCAAAAUGCAUGGGAGUGGAUAAAGGGUCUGGAAUGCAGAGGCUCUACGAACACCUUGGCUGCUAUUAAGACAGCAGUCAAUGACCCCUCUUCUCAAGCCGUUUAUCUUUUGUCUGAUGGAAGACCCGAUCAACCUACUAAAUCAAUCUUGGCUCAAAUUCAGCUGUGUUCAAAAGUUCCCGUUCACAGCAUAUCUUUUAAUUGUGCUGACAAGGAAGCUAAUCAAUUUUUGUAUGACUUAGCAAGAGCUACUGGUGGAAGAUUUCACUACUACUCAGAAAAUGGUAUUGACAUAGAUGGUCCACAACCUUGGGAGAGUGAAGAUAUUCGAUUACUUCGUCAAGAGUUAGAAGCAGGCUAUAGAAAUUUAGAACAAAUUGCUCUAUUACGUGAUGAGUGCUCUCAAUUGUCAUGGACUGGAAAAGAACAUCAUCACAUUGUUAAAGAUAUUAGGCCACAAAGUGCACCAAUGCACUAUCCAGCACCUCCUACUUGUAAUUCUCCACGCCGACCUGAUAGUGCUCUUGGUCAGCGACUAUGUGUUGUAAGGCAAAGGAGAGUGGUUCAUUUGGAUACACCUACUUACACUUCGUUGAAUUUUGUUGGAGAAUAUUUGGCUGGGCAUACCAAAAGCAGUAUUUUGCGUUCUCUGUGCGUUGGUGACACGUCAGAUAUAUCUUCAAAGUGGCUCUUACCAGAAUCGCAGAAACUUUUAGAUGAUCAAAUAAAACGAAAGAACUUUUGCACAGUGAAUCCUGACCAUAGAAGAAAGUUGGGGAAAAAUGGUAAAUUGAUACUGCAAGAAAAUCGCCUUCGGUUUUUUGCUGCAUUGAAGGAGAACGGAUGGGCUUUAGGCAUUACAGAAGGAGAUAUUGUUCGUCUUGAGAAGGAGAUUAAGCAAGCAAAAAUUUACCUGCAACAAGCGUGUGAGCUAGAAAAAGCUUGGUAUGAGAAUAAAAAUAUAACACUAACAUCUACAGAAGGAAAAUGA